UUUGCUUCUGCAAAUAAACAAAGCAAACCAGAUAAAUCCCAAGUAAUUUAAACAAACACUUCCUUGAAAGGCGAGCGCUGAAAAGAAAAAUCCAUUUUUAUACAGAGUUUAGUUUCGAAUUAAAGCCGAACGUUUAAGGAAGACAACGGGAAUUGAAAAUAAAAAAAAAAAAUAAACAACACCAAAAAAAGGGCCAUGAUUUUUCAGGGAGCAAUAACGCUGCUGCUCCUUGCCUCCAUAUACUGCUGCUGCAGCUGGGCCGAGGAUGUGGUGCUCAAGUGUGAUGAGUACAAUGACAAGAUUGGAGGUAUGGAGAAAUUUUGUACCGUUUCGGGCUUUCAAGUGACGCAUUCGCAAAAUGUCAAAAUUACUCCCUAUGCGCGGGCGAAUCAAACAAAUUUUAUGAAAUUCUACAAUUCUGUGUUAUUGGAUAUACCUGCGAAAUUGUUCGAUGUCUUUAGUAGUCUCAAGACCCUGGAUGUUUCACACACGGAAAUUGAGGAUAUUUCACGCAACACCUUUACUUCAGCCAGCCUGUUGACCACCUUAAAUCUCAGCCACAAUCUUAUAGAGAAAAUCAACACCUCAGCCUUUGUGGGGGCCCAUAACCUUAUGAGACUGGAUUUGAGCUACAACAAACUGCACACCUUGGGAUCCCUGGCCUUUAGGGGUCUGACGAAUAUGAACAAGGUGAUCCUGUCACACAAUGCGCUGACCACCAUACCCAGUGACUUGUUUAUGGACAAUACCUACAUGGAUGCCGUCUAUUUGGACAACAAUCAAUUGGAGGAAUUAAAACCGGAAGUCUUUCAUGCUUUGCGUCAUAUACGCGAUCUGAAUGUGGCCAAUAAUCAUUUGAGAAGCUUUGAUCCACAGACUUUUCAACAUUCCUAUGGGCCGGAGACCUUGAUAUUGGCUGGCAAUGAACUAAAAGACUUCCAGUUGACCAAUAAGACUAUUACCAAGAAAUUGGAUUUGGAUUCCAAUCAAUUGACCAGCCUCUAUGUCAAUGGAACCUCACUCAUAACGGCCAUUAACAACUCCAUAUGCCAGGUAGUGCUCUUCAAUAGCCAGGGGGUGAAUACCCUGAUUUUGCAGCACAACAAUUUGACGGACAUGAAAAACAUCACCAUAAUGAGCCACCUCACCGAAUUGGAUUUGUCCUAUAACCCUGUGGGUACACCCAAUGUGACCACCUUCCAGAAUCUCGUACAUCUCACCUCGUUGUAUCUCAGAGCCACUGGCAUUCGUAAGCUAUCGUUUGGCAUGUUUUCCAAACUCCCCAUGCUGAGUGUGCUGGACUUGGCCUACAACAAUUUGACCGACUUGAAUUUGGACAUCUUUGUACCGGCCAAUGCCAAUCUGCGCUCGUUCUAUGUCGAUGCCAAUAAUCUGACCGAGAUAAAGGGCAAAUACAGCUUUGCCAAGGCCUUCCCCCUGCUGGCGGAUUUGGGUAUUUCCCGCAAUCGCUUCAACUGCACCUAUCUGCAUUGGCUGUUGAUUGAGCCCCAGAUGAAUGAGUAUACCAAACUCAAUAUCGAACAUGACUUUAGUGGUCGCGAGCAAACCCAUAUACGUGAUGUCACCUGCAUAUCGCACAAAGAGGAAGAACUGGAAAAGGCCGAACAUGAUUUGGAAAACUCUAGGCAAUUUCAAAAUUCCAUGCGGGAGUCCUUGGCCACCAUGUCGGAGCAUGCCAAGCAAAUGCAGACAUAUCUGCUGGUGCUCUCCCUCAUAUUAUCCUGCCUGGUGGUUCUCGUGUGCGUGGUGUGUGUGCUGGGCGGUACCCAUUACUGGAGGACACAGCGCGCCAAGUACUUUCAACGACGUGGAGGCGUCAUAGUAUUUAAUUCCAAUGCCACCGUCAACACCCAUGUGGAGCAGUAGUAGCAGCAGUGCAAGGGCGUAUUAAUUGUUAAAAAUAAAAAGUUGAUUUAAAAUCUAUUAGAAAUAAAUAAAUAAUUUAAAUAUA